AUGUUGACACUGCCUGUACGACAAAUUAUUUUGUGGUUAAAAAUAACGAUUCUAAUCACAUGCUUAACAUUUAUUUUACUAUCUACUCAUCUUUCUGAUAUAACUGAGAAACAUCGGCACAGAUAUCCACCUCAGCGUAUACCACCGUAUCGUUGUCCAUUACUGAAUAGUACAGUUGUAGCUCGUGAAAAUAAUCAGUUUUCGAGAAAACGGUCAAGUUUUCAAACUGAUGCAAAAGUGCUAGUUUUUGUGGAAACAUUAUAUUCCAAGCUUGGAAGACAAAUCAUUAACAUUUUAGAUGCGCUUAAAAUAUCUCACAAAGUUGAAACGCUUACAAGAAAUCUUCCUCUCUUAACGACCGCUAAGCGUGGUCGCUUUUCGGUCAUUAUUAUCGAGAAUUAUUACAAGUAUUUAAACCUACCAGCUUGGAAUCGGCAACUUCUUGAUAAAUAUUGUCGAGUAUAUGGCGUGGGCAUUGUAUCAUUUAUUGGUAAUCGACCAAGCAAUUAUAUAAGUGCCAAGGUAAAAGGUUCACGUUUGACUAUUCAUACGCAGCAGCGUGCUGCAAAUCUUCGAUUUAGUCAGCGUUCGCGUGUUAAUCACAUUGCCAAGCCCGGAGCUGUAUUACAAGCACCGCAGCCAGAUAAAGAUGACUGGGUUCUAUUCGACAUUGCUGAAGGUUAUGAAGCUAUAAUACUUGCUGAUGAUAUUUUUGGGCAGGAACGAGCUACUGUGAUAUUGGAUGAAGGCUUAGAAGAUGGAAUCGAAAGGAUUCUCUUUGGGCAUAAUUUCACUCACUGGACUAACAAAAUAGCUUUCAUUGAUUCUUUAGGAUAUUUGCGAGAUUCACUAGUAAACAAAGACUUGAAGCGGUAUAUACAAAUUGAUAUUGAUGAUAUAUUUGUUGGUACAAGUGGAACACGGAUGACUAAAACAGAUGUAGAUGCCUUGUUGAAAUCGCAACUUCGUUUACGCCAAAACAUAAGGAAUUUCACUUUCUGUUUAGGAUUUUCCGGUUUUUAUUUUCGAAGCGGAGAUUCUCUUGAAGAUGAAGGUGACCAAUGGAUAAUAGAAAAUGGUGAAAAUUUCUUGUGGUUUCCUCACAUGUGGAAACACAACCAUGCACAUGAACAUAAUCAAACAUAUCUAGAAGCUAUCAUGAUUCAAAAUAAACUUUUUGCACAAGGCAUGGGUUUACGUGUAGAUUCAGGCUAUGCCGUAUCACCGCAGCAUGCUGGUGUUUAUCCAGUGCAUGAAGCGUUAUACAAUGCGUGGCAUUUAGUUUGGAAUAUUAGUGUAACGUCAACUGAAGAAUAUCCACAUUUUCGUCCAGCUUCAAUACGUCGGGGCUUCAUACACAAAAAUAUUUCAGUUCUGCCGCGUCAGACAUGUGGUCUUUACACCCAUACACAGUUCUUUCAUUCAUAUCCUGAUGGUUUUGAAAAAUUAUUGAGUAACAUUGAAGGUGGUGACUUAUUCUUCACGAUCUUGACCAACCCAUUUUCGAUCUUUAUGACUCAUCAGCAAAAUUACGCAAAUGAUCGACUUGGCAUCUUUUCUUUCGAACGGGUUGUAGAUUUUAUUAAAUGUUGGACGAAUUUACAGUUGUUGUGGAUGGAACCAAAGCGGACUGCUUCUGCUUAUUUCACGCGUUAUAGUACUGAAAAAUCUCCAAUAUGGAAGAAUCCGUGCGCUGAUUUGCGGCACAGAAAAAUUCUUCCACAAGCGUUCAACUGUUCUGAAAUGCCACUCCCAAAUAUGCUGAUUGUAGGACCGCAAAAAACUGGUUCAACUGCUCUUGCUACAUUCUUGAAUUUGCAUCCAGAUUUUUCUACUAACGACCCAAUCGCUUCUUCAUUUGAGGAGCUUCAGUUCUUUGGUGGUCCAAAUUAUGCCCGAGGAUUACUCUGGUACAUGGAUCAAUUUCGUUCAAAAAUUGAUCAUCGUAUUGUUUUUGAGAAAAGUGCUACUUACUUCGAUAACAUUGAUGCUCCACGUACAACGGCUGCUUUAUUGCCAAAAGCAGAAAUUAUUAUAAUUUUGCUGGAUCCUGCAGUACGAGCAUAUUCGUGGUACCAACAUAUGCGUGCACACAACGAUAGUAUAGCUGUAUCUUACGGACUGGAUAAAAUAUUAAGUUCAAAUUCUUCAAAUUUACGACACUUCAGAAAUCGUUGCAUUUCACCAGGAAGGUAUGCACACCAUCUGGAGCACUGGUUAGAUUAUUAUUCUUCGACCCAAAUUCAUUUACUUGACGGUGAACAACUCCGAACUAAUCCAGCUGCAGUCAUUUCUCAAUUAGUUAAUAGUCUUCAUGCACAGGAAUUCCCCUUCAAUGAUCUCAUCAAAUUUGACGAUAAAAAAGGAUUUUUUUGUAGCUAUAUAAACGGAACAAAAAAGUGCUUGGGAACCAGCAAAGGACGCAAAUAUAAACCACUCAAUAAAAAACUCAAGGAAAAAUUGGACCUGAUUUUCAGAGACGACAAUAUUGCUCUACAUAAGUUGCUAUUACGCAGUAAUUUGCCUAUUCCUAAUUGGCUUCGAAAGCAACUUUCUAAAACAAAUUUUACUUAA